AUGAGCUCCAACUCACUCUACGGCGCCCCGCGGCCCAAGUCCAAAGCAAACCCCAUCCCCCUCUCCUCCACGUCCAUCCACGCCCUCGCCAACGAGCUCACCCUCGCCCGCGCGCGCCUCUCCUCCACCAGCACCACAAAGACCGCACCGGGCCGCACCCGCCCCUCCAAGACCAAGGCACUCUUCGCCCCAUCCAACAAGGGCGUCAGUAAGCGCGCCGCGCGCGACGAGACCCCAAAUGUCCACUACGGCGGCCAGACGAUCGCGCAGCGCGGCGGCGGCGUCUCCGAGCGCGACCUGGAGCGCAGCAGGAAGAAGCUCAAGGAGAAGAGCCGUCUGUACGCGGCCAUGAAGCGCGGGGACUUCGCCGACGAGGGCGGGGAGGGGCUGGUCGACUUUGAUCGCAAGUGGGCCGAGCACCCGUCGGAUGAGUCGGACGAGGAGGGGGAGGAGGAGGCCGGUGGCGACGACGACGACGACGACGAGAUCAUCGAGUAUGAGGAUGAGUUUGGGCGUACGCGGAAGGGGAAGAGGGGGGUUGUUGAGCGCGAGAAGAGGCGUGUUGCGGCUGCGAAGAGGGCCGCGGAGGAGGCGGCGGCGAUGAAUGCGGUGCCCGAGGGGCUGAUCGUGGGGAAUACGAUACAGACGGCGGCGUUUACGACGGCGACGUUCUCGGCGGUGCCGUCGAGUGCGAUGUUGGCGGGGGCGAUGCCGAAGGAGGAGGAGGAGACGAAGCUGCACUAUGAUGCGACUAAGGAGGUGCGCACGAAGGGUGUGGGAUUUUACCAGUUUAGUAGGGAUGAGAAGGGGAGGAUGGCGGAGAUGGAGGAGUUGGAGAGGUUGAGGUUGAGGACGACUGAGGAGAGGAAGAAGGUUGAGGAGAAAAAGAAGAAGAGGAAGGAGGCGGUGGAGAAGAAGAGGGAAGAGGUGCAGAGGAGACGCAGGGAGAAGGUUGGCGAUAAGUGGCUGGAGGGAUUUAUGGGAGAGUUGGCCGAGUCUCCGGCUGCUCCUGCCUCUGCUGAUCAGGGAGAGGUUGAGGAAGAGAGUUGA